AUGUCUACUCACAAAGAGCUUAUCAACGAGUUUAUAGCUUCAACAGAUACAUCUGCUCAAGAAAGGUCGGUGGACGAAAUAGUAAAACUGUUGCAAGAUAAUUCAUUAACAUUACUUGCUUUUAUUCAAGCACUGCAGCUUUAUAUCACGUCGACCAAUGAUGAUAUCAGGGUUUCUACUUUUAAGCUGCUAUCACAAAUUUUGUGUAAGAUAUCAUCGAGCAAACUUUACCCUAAAGACAUUGACGUUUUAAUGGCAUUUUUAUACUCGAAGUUAUUGGAUAGACCUGUUGUUAAGUUUGUCUUAUCCUCCAUUUUCUCUUUGGUUUCUAUGAAGUUCUUUAACAAUGAAAAUGUAAACUGUGUUUUGGAAAAACUUAUUGAAAACUACAAUCCAAAGGAGCAUCCUCAAUCCAUUCGUGAGAUGGCUUUAAAAAUAGUCAGCCAUCUGAAUAGUUCAUUCCCGCAGAGCUCUUACUCAAACAAUAAAAUGAUCGAGUGCUUCUUGCAUGUUUCCGAAAAUGAAAAGGAUCCUAGUAACUUGUUAUUGAUAUUCCAAAUUUUACAAUCAAUUUCGAAAUGUUUGGACAUUACCAACUUUACACAACCUUUGUUUGACACGAUGUUUAGAUAUUAUCCAAUAUCGUUUAAGUCUUCUACAGAAGCUCAGGAAACAAUGAUUUACUCUUUGAAAAACUCACUAAAUACUUCAUUAGCUUCUAAUGACUUGUAUGCGGAGGAAUUGUUUCCAAAUUUAAUAGAGAAGUAUAAUACUGCGACGUUAACUCAAGUUAAACUGGAUAUUUUAACGACAAUCUCAACUGUUUCUCAGUAUUAUUCAGAGUCGACAAUAAGGGAGCACAUUUUACAGUUGUGGAAUACCUUAAAAUAUACAAUUAUGAAUCAAGAGUUAGCACAGUUGGUAUCUAUUCCUUCGAUUCUUUCUUAUUAUGAAAAAUCAUCGAAUGAUACUGACCAAAUUUUCCAUUCUAACCUAAUCGCAGUUAAGCAUUUAGCAAAUAAACUAGACCAUGAUUCUAAAUUGUUGAUUUAUGAUGAUUUAUCCUCUAGCUUGUUGAUCACUGAGAGAAAUCGUCGGUUUUUACAAUCGUAUUUAACUUUGGCUAUCAUUUCUUUGCCGACAGAAAAUUCUUUGAAUGAGGGAAAUGAUGAUAUCUUGGAUAAAACAUUAAGUAAUCUAUUCAGUGAAGAACAGCCAACUGAUCAAAUAAGAAGUAAGAGGCUUGUUUUGGUUGCUUUGUCUUAUUACACAUCUAAUAUCAAGUUUGUCAAACAUUUGCUGCCUUGGCGUGACCAAAUUUUAGCACUGCUUCAAGCUUCUUUAUCAUCUUCUGGUCUGGAAACCACAUUAAGAGCACUUGCUAUCCAAUUAACGGUGAUUUUAAUUUUAUCUCCACGAUUGCAAGAUAGUACGAGUGGCUUGGAAAUUGGUUUAUUCGAUGAAGAAGCUGCCAUUCUGAUUACCAAAUUAGGUGAAUUAUUGAUCGAGAAUGGAGCAAAAGAUGCUAUUGAUUCCAACAAGGUCAUUGAAAGCGAACUACUUCUGGCGAUUGCCAAGCUUGCAAAAUGUAACAGACUUGAGGAUAUCGUCAACCACCAAGUACUUGAUCGCUUACUAAAUAUUAUUGGCAAAACAGACUACACUCUUACUCAGAAAUUAACAUUAGUUAGCUACUUAAUCAAAUUAUCCCAAACACCCUCUUUGGCUGAAUCCGUGAUUAUUAAAUUAAGUGAAUUUUUAUCUGUCGAUAACCCUGACACUGCAACAUAUGGUGUUCCUGAGAAUGUCAUCUUACAAUCAAUCACUUCUUUAACCAAUGCUUUAUCAAUGGAUCAUGAUACGGUAAAUCUUACAAUGAGACUACUUCCAGUGCUGUUUCGAUUUGCUCUAAACAGGGGGGCUGAACUGAGCGUUUAUCAAGUAGAUUAUUUAGCUUCAGUUUCUCGUCGUUUGAUCGCCGGUAUGAAGCACGAUGAAGCAGAGAAGUUAGUUCUUGAAAGUAUGACUUUUUUUUCUGGACUAUUUCCCAGGGUUAUUGCUGAUUUCUCUGAUAUCCAAAAUGCUGAAAACUUUUAUCGUAGAUUUUCCCUUGACGAAGGGAACAUCAAAAUUACACAUAUUCCGAUUUUACUUUCUAUGAUACAGGGUUUGGAUGUUUCUAUUGAACUUAAGUCCAGAGUCGAUAUGGUUCUUUUGGGGAAACAUCUAUCGAUGUAUAUCGUCAACAAUGAAGUUCUUCCCCUGACAAGACUUGAAAUUUUAGUUGGAGUAUCAGUUAUAUUUAACAAGUAUCUUUCGUUAGGUGACUUGGAUUCUAUUUUUGGGGUUGUUGAUGGUGACAUCGAGGAAUUGCAAUUGUGGGCCCUAUAUGGACUAAUCAUGAAAUGUGAUGAACAUGCAACCGAAAAGUUUGUAAGAAUGUUGACCACCUUGAACUUUAGAAAAGCAACAAAGGCAGUAUCAAUCAUUUUCAACCCGAUUCCAGAAAUGCAAGAUGCUUUGAGAGAAAAGAAGGAUGUUGAUGAAGUAUCGUUUAAUAAUGGAUUAGAUAUAGGACCUCAGCUUUUGUUAGCAUUCAAAAAGGAGAAGCCCAGCCUGAUGAUGGUAAGAAGUAAAAAUAAGUUAGCUGUAUCCAAUUUAACUAUUCGGGCUAUUUGGAAGCAAAAAAUUCUGGAGUUUAUUCUAUCUAAAAAGGAUGAACUUUCAAGCACUCAAAUGGACUACAUUGUCCCUUUGAUCUUAACAUUUGUACCAGAAGAAAUGUAUGCUUCCCAUUUGGAAUCAUUACUUCCUAAAUUAAUACAGAUAGUACAAACGUGUGACGAUAACAGGGUUAUUUUGUCUGUUUUGAAAAUUGUUUGCAAUGUUAUUGCCGAGGAAAAUGGAAGAGUAUUUAUGAAGGGGUACGUCGAUACAGUUAUGGAAAUUUGUCUAACUUAUGCAUUGCAAAACAAAGAUUUCACUUUAAAGAAACAAGCAUUGAAAACAUUAUUAGGAAUGUGUUUGUUUAAAACAUCUUUGGUUGUCUCAUUUAAAAAGAGAGUUACAAAGCUCUGUGAAGUGAAUUUGGAUGAUCAUCAUCGUGAUAUUCGUAUGCUUUCGGUCUCCGUGAGGCAAGCAUGGGAGGAUUUGGGACUUGAUGGUAUGUAA